AUGCUUGUCCCUUUGUAUGACCUAAGUCGGCGAAGAGUUGCAGGCUUGCCUGUAGAAGCCUCUCAGAUCCUGAACACCCAGAUUCAAGUGGGCACCGUCAUGAGGUCGGAGUCCAGGUUAUGGCUGGAAGCCAUUCACAGACGUCUUGCCGGACGACGACGGAUAAGGAACCCAUUCCAAAGCGAAAUUGUCCGAGACAUCCCCUACGAGGUUUUUCGCGUGUUACUAAGAGUAACUAAGUCUACAGAGGGCUUUGCCGAGCCAUUCGUGUCUUUUAGCGCCAACAAAAAGGCGGGAACAAUUUCCUUUUCUUCAUUAAGACCCGUCAAACAGCUGCUUUCAAUUCUUUCUGCUCUGACGGAGCGGGAAGUUGUGCAAUACUUCAAGAGGACUCUCACAGGGAAGAAAGCUGGCAGUAAAGUUAAUGUCAUCGCAUCAGAAGAGAAAAAAAUGGUUUUUGUUUACAAAUUAACCAAAGGCCAACUUUUUAUUGCCUUCCACUUUGGGGAGUGGAAUACAUAUGGCUUUCCUCAACAUAAUUAG